AGGCAGGAUCUAGAGUCUUCCGGAGGACUCGGGUCUUCACUCUGUGCUUUUUCUCUGGUAGCAGGGUCAGCUUGAUGUAGGGGUCUGAGUUUAAAGUCCUGGCUGAGACGUUUUCCACGGCUGCAGCGAUGAACAGAUGGAUGGAGCGGUGGGGGGACUGUGAGAGAACUGGUGAUGCGUGAGGACAGAAAGACAGACAACUUUACAAAGAUCACACAUGCUGCGAGUGACUGUACAGCAACAAGCAGCACGCUACCAGAGAAUUGGUCCAUGUUGUGGACUUCAGCACGCAAGGAGGAUCCAUCAGCUGCAGGGACUAAGGAAGAAGCUGAUUCAGGUACAAUGUCAUGGAGAUCCAGAGGCAUUUCUGGAUGGAAAGCAAAGUUUGAACGAUAUAAGCAAUGAAGAGUUCGAUAACUUUAUUGUGGAUGACCAUCAUGGCAUCAUCUACUGUUACAUUCCAAAGGUGGCGUGUACCAAUUGGAAAAGAGUAAUGUUUGUUCUGAAUCAGAGUGAACCAUAUCCUGACCCWGUUUCUGUAGAUCCUGGCUCARUUCACCUCCCAGACAAAUUUACUUUCCUGAGUUCCUUUUCAAGAACAGAAAUAAAGGCAAAACUAAGGCAUUACACCAAAUUCCUGUUUGUUCGGGACCCAUUUGUUCGUCUCAUCUCUGCUUACCGAGACAAGUUCCUUCACRACAAUUUGUACUUCUAUGGGAAGUUUGGUCGGGAUAUGCUGCGUCGCUAUGAUAACUUGCCUUAUCCACCAAAAACUGUGGAGGAAGCCUUCGAGUUGGGCAUUCAUCCCUCAUUUUACAGCUUCAUUCAGUACCUACUGARCCCACAGACAGAGAUGAAYGAACCCUUUGAGCCUCACUGGAGGCAGAUGUAUCGCCUCUGUCACCCCUGUCUCAUAAAGUAUGACUUUAUUGGCCAUCAGGAGACUCUUCAGGAUGACGCCAAAGAGUUGCUGAAGAUGUUGAAACUGGAGGACGAUAUUAAGUUUCCUCCUGUUUAUGAAAAUGUGACGUCUCCUGACUCUGUAAAGAACUGGUUCAGGACUGUGUCCCUGGAGGACAGGAGGGAGCUGUACAAGCUUUAUGAGCAAGACUUCAGACUGUUUGGCUACAAAAUGCCGAGUGAAUUA